AAACAACAAGCAAAUACACAGGAUGUGGAACAACAACUGCUGCUUUAUGUCUUCCCUGGUGAGGAAUACUGGUGGGUUUUUUCUACUUGAUAAUUUUAGAGUGCAAAUAAACACCAGUAAGUUGAGAUUGGAAAAUUCUGACAAGAAAGCUUUAAUUUUCACACACCCCCCUUCUCUGCACAGAACCACGUGCAUUCACACUGGCGGUGUUUAUGCAGGGCAGCUCAACCAUGGCUGCAUUUCUGUGACUGGAAACACUCUGCUGUGGAGCCACCUUUGCCAGUGGGUAACCACCCUGCCUGCUCCAAUCCCUUCCCUAAAUGAGAGGUUUUAUUUCUCCCCUCGGUGUAAAGGCCACACAGACACCUUGUAGGCUUCCCUUUUUAGACAAAAUCUUGUUUUCCUUUUUUUUCCUACUUUCUGCUUGGUUUUGUGUGGAAAAUCAGAGUAAAAACUAAUGAUAAAUGUCCUUGUACCAUUCACAUGACCACGAGGAAUAUGGAGUCAGUAUGCUAAGAUUUAAAUUUUACAGUAGCUUUGCAUUAUGUUUAGUUGAUGUCCUGGACAGAACAGUGCAUGCUUAGGCUGAUAAUUUGAUUUCAUAUCUUUGGGCUUUUUAGUGUAUAAGGUGUCUGGUUCAUAAGUAUUUUCUGCUUUAUAAUGAUAUGAUCUAAUUUCUACAAGAUAAUUUUGGACUAUUCUGUACUGUGUAACAAAUAAGCAAAAGCCUGUUAAUUUCUAGCUCAGCUGGGGAGCAGGAAAGGAGUAAGAUUGUUAGAUGAAAGUGCAGAAAUGCAAGCAGGGGAAAUGUGCAGUAAUUUGUCAAACCCCGAGGAUCUUGCUUAGCUUCUGAGAGUUAGAACAUAACGGGCCAGUGGGGAAGAUCUUGCUUUUUAAUAUUUUGAUUUCUGGUUUUAGUAAGAAAGGUAAGAUACUGGCAUGUUCAGAUUGUAUGCUCUAGUGCCUGCCCUGUCACCUGCUGUGACAAACGAGGGCCUGUUUCUGUAGUCAAGGUUACUUGAGUCAGUAGGGAUGGGAAAAAUAGGAGCUACAGCUUUGUGUCUGUUGCUGCAGAUACAUUUAUGCGCUUCCAGCCCCUUUUCAGACAGAACAUGAGCCUGGAAAGCUAAUGGGGCUUUGAUCAGAGUUUGAAAGAUGAUGUUGAAUUUGUCACUGGAGAUGUCUGAGGUUUCUUUCGAGCAUGUGUCACCAGGUUACUCCCAGACUUCUUGUUUUGCUGCAGGACAGUACUCAGCCCUCUGGUUUUCUUGCUUCCUGCUGCAGCUGGGUGCUUCUGCAAAGAAUGCACCAAGCAGAGUGACUGGACACAUGGACUGUGUCUGGCUGCCUGGCAGGGAGGGCCAAAAAGCAGAGAGAUCUUUACCAGAAAAAUUUGAAAUUUAGGACAAAACUACUUCUGUCAUAUUUUCAGAGCUUAAAGAAGUGACACUGGGAAUGUUUAUGUACUUUAUUACAACAUCUUUUCCUCAAUGGAAACCAUUAAGUAUUUAAUCCUCAUAGCAAUUUUUUAAAAAUGCUAAUGAAAUUAUUCUGUCCUCAGACAACGAGCUGGAGUUUGCCCCUUCUUGGGCUGCAGCCUUUCCUAAGCCUCUUCUGGUGCAAAUGUGAUCUGAAAUGAACCUCAGUUUUCUCUCCUGUGAACUUGUCAUGAGCCCACUUGGCGGGACAGAGGGUUGCAGGAAGGGAUGGUGUCAGUGCAGCUUGGAUCCCAGGAGGAUGCUGACCCUUCCUGGCAAAGGGGGCUCUCCUGGAAGCCUGACCAGGUGUUAACAGGCAGUUCUGCCAGCAGAGACCACCCAGGGCUCUGGGCUGCCUUUGAAUAGUGCACCCACUAAACAGGGAUGCCACGGGGCUGCUCUGGCUCCGUUUCAGAGCCUCAAAAGAUAGAGGCCCUUGUUCUCUGCUGUGCCCACCCUGGCAGGAGCGGGGCUGCCCCAGGGGCUGUGGGGAGAGCCAGGCCCUGGGCUGGGCUGCCCUGGCGGAUCCGUCUUCCCUCCCGCGGGGCCGGCUGGAGAGGAGCCAUUCCAGGAGCAUCUCGUGGCCUCUGGGAAGGGCCCCCCAACAACUGGUGGUGUGUGCUGGCCUGGCAGGGCGAGGACUGCCUAACGGCUCGGCUGCCUGUGGGCUUCUAGGCACAGGUUCGGGAGGGUGGAGCUGCUUUCGGGAGGAGCUGCGCUCUGCGAGUCAGACCCAGAGGCUCUGCUGGGCUUUGCACUCUCUCCAUCCACUUGCUCUUGUGAGGGAAAGUUUUUAUUUUUCUAUCUGACUGGACAAAGUUUUUAUUAUACCAGUGACAUUUCCAAGUUGCUUCAUACUUUGAAGAGUUUUAAGAGUUCCUGCUCACACUCCUCCUGAGGGAAGCCAUGCCCUUCCACAGAGUCCUUCGCCUGGUCCUGCUGACGCUGUGCGCCAUCCUGAUCCCUGCUGUGCUGGCAGAGUACCCGCGGGGCCCGGUGCCCACCCUGUGGAACGAGCCCCCCGAGCUGCCCUCCGGAGCCGGCCCGCUGGACGCGGCCACCAGCACAGCGCGGCCGCCGGACGCCAGCGCCUUCCCCCCGCACACCCCCGAGCUGGAGCCUGAGGACACGACCCACCUGCACCGCCUGGACGCCGGGGACGGCUCGCUGGGGCCUGGAGCUAUCGGUGCCAUUGUCAUCGCCUCUCUCCUGGGCACAUCUGUGCUUGUGGCUUUGGUCGUCAUCACACUGAGAAAGUUCUCGGCCUCCUGAGCUCAAUAAAGUGUUUUCUGUAACCCAACCAGCCUGUCUCCUCCCUCUGCUGCUCCUGCUCCCCUCUGCCCCAGCCCCAUGGGCAGAAAUGCUGCU